AUGACGAUGAGCUUAAAACCAAACCUAUGGCUUCAAAAGAAUGUAAACCCUAGCAAAGACAUCGAAGACUCUAAAGCUAAAGAAGAAGGCGAGCUCUCUGAUUCAUACGACGACGAAAACCUGGAUUACUCCACUGCACAGUCUAGUGGUACUAUUGCCCCACCUUCGAGGUCUAAUGUAGCGCCUUCAGCAGUAAAACCCAUACCACCAAAUCUCUCUGGGAAUGCUAUUGCUGGCUAUAAUAUUGCCAGUGCUGCUGAUGUUCUCUCACAACAACCAAUUCCACCAAUUAGUCAGAAAAAUGUGGAGAAGAAUCAGUUGCUAGUUAAAUCCACUAAUCGUAGUCGGUAUGCACCUUCUGGAGUCAGCAAUAAUCUUGUAAUACGCUUCUCAGAUGAUGACAGUGGAAGUGACUUGGAAGAAUGCAGUCGACAAAAACCUGUUGAAAAUAAAUCCAACUCAACUUGGGAUGGUUCACAGAGACCCCUAACUUCAUCUGCACAAAAGAUGAACAAGUUAGGACAGACUUCUAGGAAUAUUACCAGAGUAAUUCCCAAGAAAUCUUUAAGCCGUACAUUUAUAUCAUCUAUGACCAAGACCAAUGGUGGGGCCAAUUCCAAGGUUGCUGUGUCUUCGGUUGAUCAAGGAUCACAAGUUAGAUAUUUUAAUCCCCGCAACAAAAAUGUGGCAUGCCAAGAUCUUAUGUCUGAGCAAGGUGUAGUUUCUAACAAUAGUAAACUCCAGGACUUGAGGCAGCAGAUUGCACUACGGGAAAGUGAAUUGAAGCUUAAGGCUCAACAUAAGGAAACAACAACUAUGAGCCUAGAAAAUAGUGGAGGAAGGAAGUGGAUUGCAACUUCAGCAUAUGCUGGUUCAAUAGAUCCAAAAGAACCACAGAAGAAACGCUUGAAAUCCGGUGGUUCUAAUUUUACCCAAUCAAAUUCAGGUGCCCAACCGGAGGUAUGUCAUGUAAAAUCUAAUUCAGUGGAAAAAAUCCAAAAAAUGGAGACAAACAGUCUUGAGAUCAAGGAUAAGGUUGAGGAAAGCAAGAAAGUAGCUCCAGUAAGCAAAGCCAUGUCAAGCAUUAAAUGGAAAAAGAAAGACGACAAGCUGGUUGAUAUUUCAUCAGAAGAUACAUCUAAAGUGGUGAAGGAUGGUGUGGACUUGCAUAAGAAUUUGCAACAAUCCAAAAGGUCCAGUAGGGAGGUUGAUCCAAGUGUUUUAGAAAAUAAGACUGCAACUUUAACAAGCAUAAGUGCCAAUGCUAUGCCAAAUAACUUGAAAUAUCAGUAUACUGCAAGGCUGUGGAACAGUUUGAGUCAUGUAAAUACCUCUGGUCAUUCUAAUGUAGAUGUGGAUAUACAUUCUUUAAUUGAAAUUGAGGAAAAUCUGGACAAGGAGCUAGAGGAAGCACAAAACCACAGACGCUUGUGUGAAAUUGAAGAAAGAAAUGUGCUUAAAGCUUACCGGAAAGCUCAGAGAGCUUUGAUUGAAGCUAAUGCUAGAUGUGCAGAUCUUUAUCGUCAAAGGGAAAUUGGUUCAGCCCGCUACAGAUCUUUAAUUGUGGACAAUUCCUGUUUAUUAUGGUCUUCCAGGCAACAUGGACACACCAGAGCGGGAUUGGAUAUCUCAGAUGAUGUACCUGAAAAUAUGAACCUUGUACCGACAUAUAAUAGACUACUGUCAGCCUAUGACGGUCUUCAUCAACCAGGGAACGAUGCAAAUGUCCAAUGUAUGAAUAUAGCUCCUCACAAUAUGUCUCUACGGCAUAAUAAUGGACAAAAUUUGGGUUCUGAACCAUGCAGUGAGCAGGAUGCUAGCACAUCAGAGCCAUUUCCUCAUAAUAGUAACAAUGCUGCUAAUGGAUUAAGAUCUCCGUGCAGCCCUAUUAUUUCAGCAGACGAAGGGACUUCUCUAAUGGACCGUGAUUCUAGUCAACCUAGUCCUGACUAUCAGCAAAAACAUAAAAAUUCUGAAGUAAAUGAAAAGAAUGCAAAUAAUGAGUCUAGUAAUCAGGAUUCUUUACUUUUUGAAGCAUCAUUGAGGUCUGAACUAUUUGCAAGACUGGGGGUGAGAACUUCAUCAAAGAACAUUGAUUCGCGUUACAAUGAGCCUUAUAUUGAACGAGAAGCUGAAAAUGAUGUUGAAAGUGGAAAGACCCAGAUGAGCAAUGGUAGUAUUACGCUGUCAGUCUCAGAGGCAGAGAAAAAGCAUCAAUUUGAUGUUUCGGGUAGCUUAUUUCUUUGUGAACAAUGUUUUAGCAACAUUAUUUUGGUUUGUGGUCAGCACCAGGAAAAAAAUAAUAUUGUAAAGUUUGACUCUUCAGCAAAUGUAGUGGACAAUGGAUUUUUUGCUGGAUUUCACUUUUCAGUGACAUCUACAAUAUUUUCACCUUCCAUUUUGAGGAGUGCAAUUGACCAUCUGAAGGUCUUGUCUCCUGUCUCCAGACAAAGAGAGGAUCGUGUCUACAGUGAAGAGGGUGCUUAUGUCAACAUUGAUGAAAUUAAACAGUCUAGUCAGAUUACAAACUCUUUAGAGGAGGCCAUUUGUGAUUUAUUUGGGAAACGAAUGGGCUCAUAUAUGUGCGAUAUUGCAAUUGACCCAUCUUGGCCACUCUGCAUGUAUGAGCUCCGAGGAAAAUGCAACAAUGAUGAAUGCCCCUUUCAACAUGUCAAGGAGUUGUCUAAGAGAAAUACAUAUUUGAAUACAAAUGAUGAUUCUAACGGUGCUGAUUCUCAGCUUGUGCUGGCAUCAUAUCAAGAGCAAAGUAAUGGUCCAACAAAACUUGCCAAAUAUCAUGAUGUUUUCAUUUCACCAACUUAUAUUGUCAGCUUAGAUAUUCUAAAAGCUGAUCCACACGAAUCUGUUGUUCCUUGGGGAAAUGCACACUGCUGGUGGAAGUAUUUCAGUAUUUGCUUAUCUCUAUCAAGCAUUUUUCAGAAAGAUUUACCUACAGAUGAAAGAUUAUCUACAGACGAAUCUUUCAUCCAUGGUGAUGAUGGUCGUAUCGAAGUGUAUGGCAGCUGGAAUAGACAAUCCUCAUAUUUCCAAAGUAGAAAUAGAAUAGCGAAAAAACUCAACCAAUCUUUUGAUACAACGAUCCAGUCCUUGGAGAUGGCUUUGCUUAUCCUCAACCAGGAGGUUAACAAAUUGGAGGGUAUGAAAAAGGCUCUUUCUUUGCUUUCACGGUCCCUCGAGGCUGAUCCAGCAUCAGAAACUCUCUGGAUGGUUUACCUGCUUAUUUGCUAUAGUUGUAGGUUGUUUAUUGGGAAGGAUGACAUGUUUUCUUUUGCGGUCAGAAGCAAUGGAGGGUCAUAUGAACUUUGGCUUAUGUACAUCAACAAUCGAAAACAAUUGGAUGAUCGAUUGGUUGCCUAUGAGGUUGCUAUUUCAGCACUUUGCCGUCAUGCUUCUUCCUCUGAAAAGAAUGUAAUGCAUAUGAGUGCAUGCAUCUUAGACCUGUUUUUGCAAAUGAUGGAUUGUUUGUGCAUAUCUGGGAAUUUUGAGAAAGCCAUCCAGACAGUAUAUAGACGCUUCCCUGCUACAACAAAUUCUGAUGGGCCUCAUUGUUCGAUGUUUUCUAAUAUCCUCACAUGCUUAACCAUUUCUGACAAAUGUGUAUUAUGGGUUUCUUGUAUUUACUUGGUUAUUUACAGGAAGCUGCCAGAUGCUGUGGUGCGGCGGUUAGAGCUUGAGAAAGAACUCCUUCCAGUCGAAUGGCCCUAUGUUCAUCUAGGCAAUGAUGAAAAGAAAAAGGCUCUACACUUGUUAGAAAUGGUAGUAAGUUACGUUGACUCAUACAUCAAUAUCGGAUCAUUUAGGAGUGAAACUGGUAUCAAAUCAGCUCAAGUUUUCGCACUCAAUCACGUUAAGUGUUUGUUUGCAUUUGGUAGUGCUGACUGCAGUCGAAGCAUGUUUGAAAAAUACAGAAAAGUGUAUCCAUCUUGCUUAGAACUUGUUCUGAUAUCUGUACGAGUGCCAAACUAUGAUUCCAAGAAUAUGGGUUUUAUCGGGUUUGAAGAAUCCCUUCAUAACUGGCCAAAAGAAUCCCCUGGAAUUCACUGCAUCUAUAUGUCAUGCACGAGAGAGAAGGCAGAGAAGAAGAAGUUAGACUCGAAGAAAAGCCAUCACUCCUGGCAAUCAACGCUUGAGAAUGCCAAAAAAAACCAAACAAUGCCAGAAAAUCCUGAUCUUUCUGCCAUACGAAAACAACUUGAAGAUUUAACAACUUUGAUGAAGCAAUCACAGGAUGAAACUAAUCCUCCUAAAUGGUGGAAAAAGCAGGAAAGCCGAUUGAGUACGUUGGAAUCUAAACUGGAAACAAAUCAAAGAUAUGUGGAGCAGAUCUUACAUAUUCUGAAUGAUAAAAAGAGUGAGCAAAAGCAAAUUAAUGGGGACUACUUUACUCAACUACAGGAACAACAAAUUCAUGGGGAGAAAGGAAUGGGUCAACUUUCACUGGGUGAGUCUAAACCCAUUUUCCUCACUCCUAAAAGGAUGUUAUCGGUGGCAAUAGAAGGCACAUAUAACGUUUCUCAAAUGUUCGAUAAAAUGUCAGCAAGUGUAGCUAGUGUUGUAUUUCCAUCUAUCACCAGCACCAUAAAAGCUAAUUCACGGCUGCAGCCGAACGUCAGUCUGGUUCGAUACACCAAACUGAUUUCGCGAGAAAAUCGACUGCAGCAGAACGUCAGUCUGGUUGGAUACACCAAUCUGAUUUCGCGAGAAAAUCAAGAAUUGCCUAUGUCGGUUCAAGUUGCUACCUUUCAACCAUUUGUCGUGGAUUUAUCCAGACUCUUGGAGGGCGAGACAAAUGGUUAUAAACUCACAAAAACAGAUUGUGGUGGAAAGGGUAAAAGAGUGGACUGCAGAAGUAAGGAAAAGAAUGAAAAGGUUGUCUCUGGUCGAGUCACUAGAUCAAGAAGUUCUACUCAACCUUCCAUGUCUAUGAGUGGGUUUUCAGGUAUAGGCAACACUUCUACUAUUUCUAAACAGGAUGAAAGAGGACAAUGCCGGAGCAAAGCAAGGAGUGAAGAUGUUUUCACAAGGUCAAGAAGUUAUGUUCAAUCUCCAAAAUUUGAGAAUAGUUCAACAGGUGCAGAAAAAAGUUCUACUGUUGCAAAGCAAGAUAAUAUUGUGCUAACAGAAUCCAUUAAAAAAUCAGGACUAGAGCAUGUUGUUGUUGUUGAGUUAUUGCAAUAUGUCAAGCCAAUUGCUGGAGAACUUAGAUUGUCUGAAUCAAUUGAAAUUUUUUUCCUUAAACUUCAAAUGGUAGAGAUGCUUGCUCUUAUCGGAAAAGAAAUAGAAGGUGGUGAACUAAAUAUUGUUGAAGUGAUUCCAAAAGUUGAAACCCAACAGUGGGUUUGGGGCAAAUAUAAGAAAGAUGUGGGGUAUAAGUUUGGGUCUACUGAAGUUGGUCACAAUGGAAACUUGCUGCCAAUCCACGACCCAUGUUUAGCUAUUGGGUUUCUACCUCUUUAUUCUGUUGGUCUUCGAGUUGGGCAACUUGUUACAUUGAAACGGAGAAAUGAGAGCCCAAAAGAUAUAGGAAGAACAAAUCUCAUGUCUCGGUUUCCAAGUUUCGAUCCUUGGGGACAAGGAUCUACUCGUGGAGGGGGUAAUGUCAUGCACGAGAGAGAAGGCAGAGAAGAAGAAGUUAGACUCGAAGAAAGUAAUUUGGGAAUUACUAAGGAAGGGUUAGGGAUUGAGAGUAAAUCAAUUGGGAAAUUUAGGGAUUGGAUGAAAGAGGAGAGUGGACGUGGGAAGCAAUUUUCUGAAUAUGCCCAACAGAAUGGAAAACCUGAUCUUGCGAAAAAUGUCAUGACAUGCUGGUAUAACUCAGUUUGGAAAGUUCAGUACCCUGAAAGUGAAAAUUUGAAAGCCAUGGAUGGUGGGAACUCUAUUGUCUCUCCUGAAACGGAUUCAACGUUAAAGUCCCACGUCGUGUUACCUGACACAAAUCAGACGGAUAUGAUGUUUGGAUAUCUUAAUCUCUUCCUUUACAACUUUUUGCAAAAUGAUAACAUUGAGGCUCACUCAGCUAUUGACCAGGCAUUGAGGGUCGCCACUACACCCAUGAGUUUCAAUCAUUGUGUAAAUGAGCAUGCCUUGUUUUUGCUCAAUGAUGAGUCACAAAAGAGUGAUGUUCCUAUUAGUUGGCAGAUCAAUACGUUGAAUAUGUAUUUGGAAAUUGCUCGGUCUUUCCAAGUCUGCGAGCCUCUAUCCAGACAUUUUAUCACUGUGAUUGAGAAGCCAAGAGUGCAGCAACUUGUUCGAAACAUUCUGUGUCCAGUCUCAUCUGAUUCUUCUCUUGUGAACUUGGUCCUUGAAGUCUGGUAUGGCCCAUCACUUUUGCCCCAAAAUCUAACUCAGCCAAAGGGUCUAGUCGAUUUUGUGGAAGCCAUAUUGGCAUUAGCACCAUCCAACUACGAAUUAAUGUUUUCUGUGUGUAAGAUGUUAAGCCGAGGUGAUCACAGUAGGGAUGUUUCUUCCGGUCUUUUGUUUUGGGCUGGCUCAACCUUGGUCGAUGCAUUCUUUCAUGCAGUCUCAAUUCCACCUGAGCUCGCAUGGGUAAAUACUGCAGAUAUAAUGGACAAUAUUCCAGGCAUGGAGGCCGUACUUGCAAGAUUUUAUAGAAAGGCUUUAACAGCAUAUCCAUUCUCCCUCAAGUUAUGGCUGUGUUAUUACAAUCUAAUCAGUAAGAUUGGAGACCGGAACAUUGUCGUGGAAGCAGCAAGAGAGCGAGGUACCAAGCUCGAGUGAAGUCU